AUGCCAAUGAUCAAAACCGUUCUUCACGAUGGCGUUGCCAGCUUUUCCAUCAAAGUGCAGGGAAAUGAAAUACCUGCUACUGUACAGGUGAUCUCGUUGCAGGUAAGCGCAAGGGUAAACAGUGUCGCCACUGCCAGUAUUGUGUUGCUGGACGGUGACAUGGCCAGCGGCCAAUUUGAAUUGAGUGCUUCCUCCAUUUUUUUGCCGGGGAACAGUAUCCGUAUAGAAGCUGGCUAUAACGGAGACCAUCAAUUGUUGUUUGAAGGCAUCAUCACCGGGCAAACCAUUAGAAUUGACGGGGCAAAGGGAUCUCUUCUUGAACUGGCCUGCAGUGAUACAGCGGUGAAGAUGACCGUUGGCAGUAAAUGCCGCAGCUUCGCUCAAAUGAAAGACAGCGAUAUCAUGGCGUCCAUCACAGCCGGCUAUAGCGGUGUAACUGCCAAUAUAGCCGCUACAGUAAUGCAAUGGCCCAGCCAGGUGCAGUACAAUUGUACCGACUGGGAUUUUCUGCAAUUAAUGGCCGCGGGCAACGGCAUGCUGGUGACUGCCCUCAACGGAAUGCUGAGUGUAUUUUGCGCCACCGCCAAUACGGCGCCGGUGGUACAACUUACUUAUGGAGCAGACAUCAUUGCGAUAGAACUUCAGCUGGAUGCCCUUACGCAGCUAUCAAACGUAAAAGCUACUGCAUGGGAUCAUAAAAGCCAGUCCAUGUUAACGGGCUCGGCGGGCAAUGGUUUUGCCGGUGCCGGCAAUCUUUCACCCAAAACAUUGUCGGCGGUAGUGGGUUUGCCGGAGUUUGAUCUGCCGGCCACCGCCGCGCCGGAAGCGGCUUACCUGGAUGACCUGUCAAAAGCAACCAUGCUUGCCAGUGAGUUGGCAAAGAUAACCGGCACAGUUGUUUGCCAGGGAACAAGUAUUCCCGGCCCGGGUAAAUUUAUCAGGCUUGACGGGGUAGGAGCCAGGUUCAAUGGAGACCAUUUUGUUUCAGGUGUUGUGCAUACCAUUGCCGCCGGUAACUGGACGACUGAAAUGGCAUUGGGGCUUGCGGUGGCAGCAAUGGCGCCAGCUAAGCAGGCAGCCAUGCAGCAGGUGAAUGGCUUAUUAAAUGGUAUCGUAAAAAAAAUAGCAGCAGAUCCGGAAUCGCAAUACAGGAUACUGGUGGAGAUUACCGGAUUGGAAAGCAAUGGCGAAGGCAUAUGGGCCAGGCUGUCUAAUUUUUACGCCAGCAAUGGGGCGGGUGCAUUUUUUCUGCCGGAGAUAGGCGACGAAGUAGUGCUUGGUUUUUUAAACAGUGAUGCACGUUACCCGCUUAUCCUGGGCAGUGUGUACAGCAGCACCCAUCACCAGCCUUUUAAAGGACUUGUUCCAGAAGAUGAAAAUCUAUUGAAAGCCAUUGUGUCCCGAUCCGGCAUUGCGCUGCAGUUUGACGACGAAAAUAAGGUGCUUACGCUUCUGACACCUGCCGGUAAUUCGGUAGUGAUGAAUGAGCAAGACAAAGCAGUAAGCCUGCAGGAUCAAAAUGGCAACAGUAUUGUUAUGAAUGCAGGCGGUAUCAGUAUGAAGAGCAGUAAAGACAUUCAUAUUGAAGCAGCACAAUCGCUCGCACUAAAGGCGCAGCAGGGAGUGACUGUUGAAUCGUCCGGUGGCGACAUUACACUAAAGGGGAUCAACAUAAAAGAAACCGCCGGUGUGGCUUACACACUGGAAGGCGGGCAAAGCGCGAACAUCAGCAGUGCAGCGCAGCUAUCACUCAAGAGCGGAUUGAUAAUGAUAAACUAA